AUGCAAUCUAGCUCUCUUGAGAACAUGUUGAAGGAAUAUAUAGUGAAGAAUGAAGCCAUGAUUCAGAGCCAAGUGGCUUCAUUGAGAAACUUAGAAAACCAAGUUGGGCAACUAGCUAAUGAGCUUAAAAAUAGACCCCACGGUACACUGCCUAGUGAUACCGAGAAUCCAAGGAGUAUGGGGAAGGAACAUUGUAAAGCUGUCACUUUGAGGAGUGGAAAGGAGUUGGAGAAGGACAAGACAGAGUCUGGGCAUGAGGAUGCUGAACUUCCUAGUGCACAGAGAUCUACCUCUGCCCAGGAUGCUGCAGGGAUACCACAGCAUUGUCAACCAGCAAGCUCAAUUUCAAAGAAGCCACCUUCAUUUCCUCAACGUUUUCAGAAGCAAAAGUUGGAUUAUCAAUUCAAGAAAUUUCUAGAUAUGUUGAAGCAGUUGCAUAUCAACAUCCCACUGGUAGAGGCACUUGAACAAAUGCCUAACUAUGUAAAAUUCAUGAAAGAUAUUCUUAAAAGGAAGAGAAGGUUAGGAGAAUUUGAGACAGUGGCUCUUACCAAGGAAUGUAGCUCAUUCUUGCAAAACAGGCUGCCACCGAAGAUGAAAGAUCCUGGGAGUUUCACCAUUCCAUGUACCAUUGGUAAUUCUUAUUGUGGCAUGGCAUUAUGUGACUUGGGUGCCAGUAUAAAUCUGAUGCCUAUGUCUGUGUAUAGACAAUUGGGGAUUGGUGAGGUCCGACCUACCACAGUGACUCUACAACUUGCAGAUAGAUCUCUUGCUUAUCCAGAUGGGAAGAUUGAGGAUGUCUUGGCAGACAAGGAGGUACCAAUCAUUCUCAGGAGGCCUUAUCUGUCUACUGGUAGAACUCUGAUUGAUGUGCAAAAGGGUGAACUUACUAUGAGGGUUCAAAAUGAACAAGUGACUUUCAAUGUUUUCAAGGCUAUGAGAUUUCCAGAUGAGGUCGAAGAGUGUUCUGUGGUUUCAGUGGUAGAUUCUUUGGCUUCAAAGGAAUUAGAAAACAAUUUUGAUGAUCCUCUAGAUAGACUCUUGAUGUUUGAUUCACAUGCAGAGGAUGAGGAUGAAUACUUGGCUUGGAUAGAAGCUAGCUCACAAGGAUUGCAUACAAGAAAGCAUUUUGAAUCUUUGGAGCUCUCUUCAAGGUCUUUCACAGCCCCUAAACCAUCAGUGGAAGAGCCUCCAGAGUUGGAAUUAAAAGCUUUACCCUCACAUUUAAGAUAUGCCUAUUUGGGUAAGUAUUCCACCUUACCUGUGAUUUUUUCAGCUGAGUUAAGUAUGGAGCAAGAAGAAAAGUUGCUGGAUGUAUUGAGGAAGUUCAAGAAGGCCAUUGGGUGGACCAUUGCAGACAUAAAGGGCAUUAGUCCUUCUCUAUGCAUGCAUAAGAUUCUGUUAGAAAACAGUGAAAAAGGGUCUAUUGAAGGGCAAAGAAGGCUAAAUCCUAUCAUGAAAGAAGUGGUGAAAAAGGAGAUUAUCAAGUGGCUCGAUGCAGGUAUUAUUUAUCCCAUCUCUGACAGCUCAUGGGUCUGUCCUGUGCAGUGUGUGCCAAAGAAAGGUGGGAUUACAGUAGUGGAAAAUGAAGACAAUGAGCGGAUUCCUACUAGAACCGUGACAGGGUGGCGAAUUUGCAUGGACUAUAGAAAACUGAACAAGGCUACUCGAAAAGAUCACUUCCCUCUUCCCUUCAUUGAUCAGAUGUUAGACAGACUUGUAGGGAGAGAGUACUAUUGUUUUCUAGAUGGAUACUCUGGUUAG